AUGGUCAGUUUUAUUUUCUUGAGAUCGAAAAUUCGAAAUUCUUAUUUUUAGGCAGAAAGAAAUGGAUUUUAUAUGUCCUUGGAAGAUUCUUUGGAAAAUAGACCUGGAAUUUUACAAAAAAUCGGGAAAUUUAUUUUAUCCUCUGGGCAAAUUUCAAAGAAUCGAAUUCCGUGUUUCAUGAUCAUUCUAAUUUAUUUGCAGGUAUAGAUUAUUAGAAUUCCUUGUACAUAUUUCUGAAAACAAAUAUUAAAAUUCCAGAUAUUUUUCUAUUUCUGUCAUAUUUUCUCAUUCAAAAGUGGAGAUGUUCUUCCAAUUUAUAUGAAUACUGAAAAUGAAUCAUUUCCAGAUUUUCUGAAAUGUUUCACAUAUCCUCUUUUGAAUUUGAAUAUUCUCGAACUUUUGUGUAAUUUGGUGAUCGAAAUUAUUAUCGGAAUUCCAUUAGAAAUUGCACAUGGAACUUUGCCAGUAUUCUUGGUUUAUUUAUUCAGUGCUGCAUAUUUUGCAUUCACCGCAUUUUUCAUGUCAGAUUUCAUGGAAGUUUUCGCAGCUGAUGAAUUUUGUGUAGUUCUUGGUUAUAUACAUCUGACUAACGUGGUCUUGGUAAUGAGAUUGAUUUUUUUUUGUUCUUUGAAAAACAUACCAAAAAUUCAAAUUAAAUUCAGAAUUGGAGCACAAUUUCAAAAAACCAUUCGAGCGAACAAGUUUUGUUAUAUUUUUCUCCUCUCUUUUCUAUAUAUUCAUGAAUACUGUUUUUGUUGUGAAAAAUAUUCCAUUUGUGGAUCAAAUCACACAACACAUUCAAUAUUUUUCGAGUAUUUUCGUUGGAAUUUCAAUUGGUUUUUAUUAUUUCUAUGGACAAAUCGUGUGUUUUUUUAAAUAUCAUCAGAAAAUAAAAAAAUUCAAUUUUUCCAGAAAACUGUGAAAUCAAGAAUAUAUUUCGUAUUUGCUGUGCUUCUUCAAAUUUUACUUCUAUGUUUUGGCAGAUUCAUCCCACACAAUUCUCAUUUUUCAAAAAUUUACCCAUUCAUUUUUAACGCCAUACAAUAA